CCAGGAUCUGUACAAGGACGUUAUGAUGGAGGAUCACCGGCCUCUCACAUCACCAGCGAGAUCCAGUAAGAGAACAGCAUCGGGGAGAUGUCCCAGUCCACAGGAUGGUUCAGAAGAACAUCACAGUGUCCUACAAGAUGAUCAGCUUUUGGAUCGGGGUAAUCGGAAGCAGAGUAAUGCUGCGGCCAUAAUGAAAGAGGAGGAGACUUAUGUGAGGGGUGAUGAGCAGUGCAACGGAAACCUCCCUAAAGACAACCGCCCAGAUGAUUGCAUCGGGAGCUCAGAGGGACAUCCAAUAUCUUCAGAUUCUAAUGCAGAUAGUUAUAUCACACAAAAUAUGUACGAGGAGCACACCAUUAUCCCUGAUAAACCCUCGCCCCUUCCCAGCACAGAUCUAUUGGGUGUUAAACAUCAAAGCGCAAAGAAGAAGCCAUUUUCAUGUUCAGAAUGUGGAAAAUGUUUUAGCCAAAAAUCGUCUCUCGUCAAUCACCAGAGAAUUCACAUAAAGCUUUUUUCAUGUUCAGAAUGUGGGAAGUGUUUCAACCAGAGACCACAUCUUGCUUUACAUCAGAGAAUUCACACAGGGAUUAAGUCAUUUCUGUGUUCCGUAUGUGAGAAAUUUUUCACAACCAAAUCAAAUCUUGCUAAACAUAAAAGAAUUCACACAGGGGAGAAACCAUUUCCAUGUACUGAGUGUGGGAAAUGUUUUACAGAGAGAUCAAGUCUUGUUAUCCAUCAGAGAUGUCACACAGGGGUGAAGCCGUAUUCAUGUGCAGAUUGUGGGAAACAUUUUAGCCAGAAAUCGAUUCUUGUUGCACAUCAGAGAAUUCACACAGGGGUGAGGCCUUUUUCGUGUGCCGAAUGCGGGAAAUGUUUUAACCAAAGAUCUGAUCUUAUUCCACAUCAGAGAAUUCACUCGGGGGCAAAGCCAUUUUCAUGCUCAGAAUGUGGGAAAUGUUUUACAAUUAAAUCAAACCUUGUUAAACAUAAGAGAAGCCACACAGAGGAGAAGCCAUUUUCAUGCAUCAAAUGUGGGAAAUGUUUUAAACAUAAACCAAGUCUUGUUCAACAUGAGAGAUGCCACACAGGGGCGAAGCCAUAUUCAUGUACAGAUUGUGGGAAAUAUUUUAGCAAGAAAUCGAGUCUUGUUACACAUCAGAAAAUUCACACAGGGGAGAUGCCAUUUUCAUGCUCCGACUGUGGCAAAUGUUUUACUAAGAAAUCAUAUCUUGUUGAGCAUCUGAGAACUCACACAGGAGAGAAGCCGUAUUCAUGUUCUGAAUGUGGUAAAGGGUUUAUGAAAAAAUCACAUCUUGUUACACAUGAGAGAAUUCACACAGGGGAGAAGCCAUAUUCAUGUUCUGGAUGUGGAAAAGGCUAUGCAAAAAAGUCACUUCUUGUUAAACAUGAGAGAAGACACAAAGAGGUGAAACCAUAGUUCUGUUCAGAACGUGAGAAAUGUCACAUCAGAGAAUUCACACUGUGGAGAAGACAUUUUCAAAAGCAGUAGGAAUUUCUUUACUGGGAAAUCAAGUGUUGCUGACGUCAGAAAAACUCACACAAGGCCAAAGCCGUAGUCAUGUCCUAAAUAUGGGAAGUCACAUCAUCUUAAAAGAACACUCCAGGAAAAGCUCAUACAUCUGGACAAAUUUACUAGUUGAAGUGGGCCCAAAUUCAGGUUGAGGCAGAAUCCUGGUGCAGACACCAUGAGCCACAUUUAUGAAGUAUUUUGUCACUUGCUCUACAUGAGUCAUGGCUUAAUAUAAACAGGUAUAGCUUAAUAUGGCAAAAUGUGCAGCACAAUUGUUGUGAAAUGUAUGCCUACUAAUAGGUAGUGUAAAUUUAGUCAAAAAUUGUGUAACUGCCUCAGAUUUCUCAUCUAUUUUGUCUCGCUGUGUAAAAAUUUAGACAAAAAUAGUUAAUCUGUCCCAUUGUGUUAUACCCAGUGCAGAGCCUGAAGGGGCAGUGGAUGGUGUUAUUUGAAUUUCAGUGUCUUGCCCCCCACCGUUGCUGGUAGUGCACUAGGCACAUUGGGGCAGAUUUAUUAGUCCUAGUGUACGAUGAUUUAAAGAUGCCUCAAAUUUAUCACAGAGGCUCAGGCUGAACUAUAAACCUGUCUCACUUUCUAUGAACUAUUGGUUGGCUUACUUUGUGAUAGAAUUUUGUGCUGCAAUUUUGGCAAAAUUGUUGCUUCAUGAGCUACUCUUGUUUCCUGUUAAGUCACGCCCCUUUCCUGAUAAACCACUUCUUCUUGGCAAGCUAGAUGUAGUAGAUUUUUGUAAAACUAGAUGCACCAAAUUUUGCCACAUUUUACAGCCAGCUAGACGCAAUCACGUUAGCUAAUGUCAGCCUUUGUAUUAUACCUAUUUCAGGGCUUGAGAGGGCGGGGGCUGGUUUCUUCCUUUGAUGUUCUUUGACCCUAUGUGUUCUGCCCCACCGCACUGGCACUGCCCUGAGCAUAACACAAUCUAUCCGUUUUUCUGGAAUCUUCCUUGAAACAUCGGAGAACUUAUCAGUGAAGUCGCCAUUUUCCUUUGCUCAACUUGUUUUAUUGACAAAUAGUAUAAAAACUGCAAUAGUUACAAAGUAAAGUCACACAUCAUCCAAGAGAACGGGAAAGCGCAGGACGUAUGCAAUUAUCAAGAUAUGUCUGCAUCCAGAAAGAAAAUGGGAUCCAGAUAAUGUGCGCAUGGGAUAUUUCAUAUGAAUGAAUAUAUAUAUAGAUAUAUAUACUGCAUC